AUGGCGCAGUCCAGAGGCAAUGUGACUCCAGGAGAAUGGGGACCCUACAUCCUCAUACGGUUCAAGAAAUUUGAUCUGUCUUCGGGAAGGCAGAGCCCUGCUUCCUCAGGUCAUCAAACAGGUCAGGGAGAAGAAAUUCUUAGUUCUCUUGGUGGCCCCACACUGGAGGAACCAGGCUUGGUUCCCCGAGUUAGUGCAGCUCUCAGUAGCUGCCCGUGGCCGAUACCACUGAGAUUAGAUCUUCUCUCGCAGGCGAAAGCAUCGGUCAAGAGAGUGGGUGACUUACAAGCACUGUCAAUCAGUGCUUCCUGUCUGGAGUUUGGGCCUAGUGACUGUAAAGCUGUCCUCAAGCCUAGACAUGGAUACGUUCCAAAGGUGUUCUCAACUCCGUUCAGAGCCCAAGUUAUUACCCUGCUGGCGCUCCCCGCUGCAGAUGGUGAGCAGGUUAUCUGCCCUGUCAGGGCCCUGAGAAUAUAUCUUGAACACUCCAGCCUGUUCAGACAGUCGGAGCAGCUUUUCGUUUUCUUUGGAGGUCGCUCUAAGGGGUUGCCGGUUACAAAGCAAAGACUGUCCCGCUGGAUAAUUGAUGCUAUAGCCUUGGCUUAUGCCUCAGAAGGUUAUGGCACCACUGUGCCUCUUUCGGAUGAGGGCCGUUUGUUUUGUGUUGUGUACUGUCUUGUGGGAAUCCCCUUCACCCUGCUGUUGCUGUCCAGCCUCACUCAUGCCCUCCUGCCCUGGGUAACACACACCCCUAUUCACAACCUUCAAGUCUUCUGGGGACUGUCUCGCAACCAUGCAGCGUUGCUGCACUGCAGCCUUCUGGCCUUUUGCACAGCGACAUUGUUCUUUCUUCUGCCUGCUGGUGCCCUCUGCCUGCUGGAGAACGACUGGAAUUACCUGGAGUCGCUAUAUUUUUGUUUUAUCUCACUUAGCACCACAGGACUUGUUGACUAUCUGCCCGGCAGGACACAAAGCCGAGCAGCACGUCAGUGGCUGGAGUUUGCAACCUCCUGUUACCUGAUGGUUGGACUGAUUGUCUUGCUUGUGGUUAUGGAAAGUUGCUGGGAACUGCAGCAGGUUCAAGCCAUCAUGCAUUUUUUCGCUGGACCGCGGCAGGGUGAGCUGAAGGGGGUGGGUUUGGAUGAGCUUGUGCUCAGUGGAGACAUGACAGGUGCAGAGGAGGAACCUCAUUACACCCUUCCUAUAUCCACCAUCUCCCCUGCUUUCACAGACUCACCUGCCACUCCAACAAUAGAGCUGCCACCAGUCUUUGACCUGACACCCAUAGCAGCCACCAAAGAAAAUAUUCCCCCUUCACUAAAACCAGAUCUGUGUCAAUCCACUUCCACUUCAUAA